UCCAAAGGCUCGAUCAACUUCCUCUCUAGCGCUCCAUUCCGAUCGAGUGAGGCGACCCCGGCGAUCUUGUAGCCUUGUUCCAUCCGCUGCGCGUCAAUGGCCAGCCUCCGCUUCGCCGUGUUCGCCAUCUCCUGCGCCCUCCUCGCGGCGUCGGUGGCGGCGCUGCCUCCGGCGGUGUUCAACGUCGGCGACGAGCGGGGGUGGGCGGUGCCGUCGGGCAACGGCACCGAGACGUACAACCACUGGGCCAAGAGGAACCACUUCCAAGUCGGCGACAUCCUGAGUUUCAAGUACGCCAACGACUCGGUGCUGCUGGUGAGCCACGACGACUACAAGCAGUGCAGCACGGAGACGCCGCUGAGCCGGUUCACGAGCGGCGACACCAAGUUCAGGCUCGACGGCACCGGGCCUUUCUACUUCGUCAGCGGCGUCCCGGGCCACUGCGAGGCGGGGCAGCGGAUGAUCGCGCGCGUCAGGGCGCCCUCCUCCCUGACCGGCGCCCCCGCGGCGGCUCCGGGGAUGCCGCCCACCGCCAUGGGCAGCGGCACGCCCACCCCCGCCGCCUCGUCGCCCGCCGCGCCGUCGGUCGUCGUCGGCUCCGGAUCCGCUUCCACCCCCACGCCCACCCCAAGCCCGAGCCCGAUGCCGGCGGCCAGCGGCGCGACUAGGCGUGCGCUCAGCGUUGUUUCGUCUGUUGUAGUAGGGCUCGUGGUCGUGGGUGUCGUCACCUUGCUCGUGGAGGUUUGAGCUUAGGUGUCUGGUUUUCUCCAUCGAUACUUGAUAGUGGGUCACAUCGGUUUAGGGAGUAAUGUUAGCUUUUCGAUAUCUAGCAUGAGUGUCAGGAAAUUUGUAGGGCCAUCGUCGGCCAGUUGCUUAGGUGAGGAAAUUAGACUCGAUGUAAUUCAUCAUU